AUGACGUCCACUACAACGCAAAAUCCUGGAACUACAUCUCCUUCAACGACGUCCACUUCAUCUCAAAAUCCUGGAACUACAUCUACUUCAACGACGUCCACUACAACUCAAAACCCUGGAGCUACAUCUCCUUCAACGACGUCUACUACAACUCAAAAUCCUGGAACUACAUCUCCUUCAACGACGUCCACAACAACCCAAAAUCCUGGAACUACAUCUCCUUCAACGACGUCCACUACAACUCAAAAUCCUGACACUACACCUGCAUCAACGACGCGAACUACACCAACAACGACUACAAAACCUGAUUUACAUGGAAACAUUUCUGCAGUCAGAAUGAGCAAAUGA